AUGGGGUUGCGUUACUCAAUAUACAUUGAAAAUCCAUUAUCUUCCCCAUCAUCAUCGUACAAAUCUAUUAAUGACCCAUUAUUCCAUUCUCAGCAACGAUCACAAAAAAACGCAUGCUUCAUUACCUACGGUUGCAGACACUGUAAGACACACCUUUCUAGUUCCUUUCAAAUCAUUUCCAGAGAUUACAGGGGUCGAACAGGCACUGCCUACCUGAUGAACAAGGUUGUCAACGUUGUUGAAGGUAAGGUCGAACAACGAAGAAUGUUGACUGGCGACUACUUGGUUUGUGAUAUUCUUUGCCAUUGGUGUAAGAGGAACGUUGGCUGGAAAUACCUGCAGAGUAGCAAUGAUGAUCAACAAUAUAAAGAAGGUAAGUUCAUUUUAGAGUUGAAGAAUAUCUGUAAAUGUACUUGA